GGGGUCAAAGGGCACGCGGCGUCGGUGUCAUGGCCGCCUCCAUGCUGGGUUCGGCGUGGGGCCCGCUACGGCUUGGCCUUCCGGGCCUGUGCCGCCGCCGGCCGCCCGGCGGUUUGUGGGCCCGCGCACGGCGGCUGCCGGGGUCCGCGGGGUCAGGGCGAAGCGUGGCCGCGGCGAGCGGAUCGGGUGCCUCGGGCACGGACCGCUACUGCAUGGAACUGCUGCGGAAACGAGAUUAUGAAGGCUAUUUAUGUUCCCUGCUAUUCCCUGCAGAAUCCAGAAGCUCUGCCUUUGCACUGAGAGCCUUCAAUGUGGAACUGGCUCAGGUUAAGGACUCAGUCUCUGAGAAAACAAUUGGACUGAUGCGAAUGCAGUUUUGGAAAAAAACCGUGGAUGAUAUAUACUGUGACAGUCCACCACAUCAGCCUGUGGCCAUUGAACUAUGGAAGGCUGUCAAAAGACAUAAUCUGACUAAAAGAUGGCUUAUGAAAAUCAUUGAUGAAAGAGAAAAAAAUUUGGAUGACAAAGCAUAUCGUAAUAUCCAGGAACUGGAAAAUUAUGCUGAAAACACACAGAGCUCUCUUCUUUAUUUAACACUAGAAAUAUUGGGUGUAAAGGAUCUUCAUGCAGAUCAUGCUGCGAGUCAUAUUGGAAAAGCACAAGGCAUUGUCACUUGCUUGAGAGCAACGCCCUAUCAUGGUAGCCGAAGAAGGGUCUUCCUUCCCAUGGAUAUUUGUAUGCUGCAUGGUGUUUCCCAAGAGGAUUUUUUGCGGAAAAGCCAAGAUAAAAAUGUGAGAGAUGUGGUGUAUGACAUUGCCAGCCAGGCACACCUGCACCUAAAGCAUGCAAGGUCCUUCCACAAAAGCGUUCCUGCGAAAGCAUUUCCUGCUUUUCUUCAGACAGUUGCUCUGGAGGACUAUUUAAAGAAAAUUCAACAAGUGGAUUUUGAUAUAUUCCACCCAUCUUUACAGCAGAAGAAUACGUUACUUCCGUUAUCUGUGUAUAUUCAGUCAUGGAGAAAAAGAUAUUAAAAUAAUUUCCGGCACUGAUACUUACUUUUAUUAGUUUUACAAAAGCAGACUUUUUGUAUUAGUUUUACAAAAGGGUUCUUGUUUAUAAACAGCAGUAACUAUUUAAGGAGAAAAUUAAUUUAUUGAAUGAAUGUAUAGGUCACAGGAUUGAUGAGAGGUUGUUAUGGGGCCAGGGUGCCAAUUUCUGUCGUGGCCACCGCCAUCGUCACCACUAGCCCAGACAGUGUCUGCUCUGCCAUCGCUGUAAAGUCAGAGCCUCAGAAGGGAGUAUCGUUUUUGCUGUGCCUAGACUGCAGGCCACCAGAGGGCUUCCGCCAGCAGAGGGCAGGGGAAGGCGGGUCUCCUCCCUUCCUCACCUUUAAAGAACAGGGAAGGGGGCUCAGGUUGUGCUAGUUUUGCAUGCUGAGCAGCCAAAACUCAGGCAUCCAGUAAAGCCGGGAAGUGCAUUUAUUUAGGAAUCAAGGAGAGUGAAGUUAAUACUUGAGUGUCAGUUGCUUUGUUCUGGGCUCUAUAUCUCUCUAACAUUUAAGCUUUACCACCCUGUGAAAAUUUGUCCAUGAUGAUAAAAUGACUUCUUUCAGGCAAGGCAACUGGCUAUCGAGAACUUGAACCUUGGAGCUCCCGUCGCGGCUCAGUGGUUAACGAAUCUGACUAGGAACAAUCAAGUUGCGAGUUUGAUCCCUGCCCUUGCUCAGGGGGUUAAGGAUCCAGUGUUGCCAUGAGCUGUGGUGUAGGUUGCAGAUGCAGCGUGGAUCCCGAGUUGCUGUGGCUCUGGCGUAGGCCAGUGGCUACAGCUCUGAUUCAACCCCUAGCCUGGGAACCUCCAUAUACUGCGGGAGGGGCCCAAGAAAUGGCAAAAAGACAAAAAGCAAAAAAAAAUAUGUAUAAAUGUAAAUUAACAAAAUUGUGUUGAAUAGUCAUUAAGGGGAUACUGCAUUUUUAAAAACGAGUGUACUAGUUGAGCUUCCCAAUAAUAAGCACUGUAUUAUAUCCUUUCAUCAGCGCUCUCAUUUGAUCUUAAAAACCCCAUGAAAUAAAGAUUUUAUUUUUUUGAUUUUUAGGGCUGCAACCUGAAGCAUAUGGAGAUUCCCAGACUAGAGGUCUAAUAGGAGCUAUAGCUGCUGGCCUACACCACAGCCACAGCAACGCCAGAUGCUUAACCCACUGAGCAAGGCCAGGGAUCCAAUCCGCAACCUCAUGGUUCCUAGUCAGAUUCAUUUCCGCUGUGCCAUGUCAGGAACUCCAAGAAUUUUUUUGGUGAUUAAAGUUUUUCAACUGUAAAAUAUAUACUAGUUAUAGGAAGCCAAGAUUGUUUGCAUUGCUAGUAAUUCCUAGUCUAGAUACCGACUUGGAAUGAAUGUCUGACUCCUAAGACCAAGGUUAUGCCCUAGUUUCCUUUUCCUGCCUUUUCCGUCGUCUUGUCUCCUGCCCAUUCCCUCCUCUGUUCUACCAUUUCUCCAUCUCAUCUCAAGGCUCUGGUUCAGUGUCCCGCCAUACCACCCUGAACACGCCUAAUCUCCUCAUGCCUUUGGUUUCAGCUAUGAAUUGGUGCCUACUUCAGAUGUGAAUUAAUGAUGACUUAAAAUACUACAUUUUUGCAAAUAAAACUGAGAGCUGCCUAAGGGCAAGAAUACAUUGUUUUAUUCAGCUUGGGAUUUCCCCCAGUACCUAGAAUGGAUUCUAAUAUAGAGCAAAUGGAGAUUAAUAAAUGUGUAAAUGAAUGAACAUACAAUGCAGUUGUGUAUGUUCAUGUACUUUUGGCUUAUGCUGGUGCUGAAGAAAUAUCGCCUUGUUUAACCUUGUGGCUUUUCAGAUCUAAAGCUUAUCUAAAAGAGGCAAAUCCAAGGAAAUAGGGCACAUUUCCUCUUGGGAUUUUGCAUAGUCCAGAGUGAAAAGUUCGUUAGAGACAGUCUUUAUUAGUAAGCAUUGUCUGUGGGUCUUAGCAGGUUAAAUCUGGCAAUAAUUAUCUGCUAAGCAUUUUAGUUCCUGUCUAAGAAGGGUUUAAACACUCAGGGGUUACUGGAAUCUUCACUGGCUCACAAGCCAAUUUACUAUUAAGUAAAUAACUUUAAAAUACUGUCUAAGCUGUUUUAAAUUUGAUGCAUAGAGAUUUAGAUGAACUGAAGUUUCCCAUCUCCUAGAGAUUAAGAUAGGGUCUUAUUCAGUGACAUUUACUAUACUAUUAAUUUCCUGGUAUAAAUGAUACUCCCUUAGAUGGUGCCACUAUUGUUUUUUGUUUUUCAGCUCUCUUUUUUUAUUAGAAUAUUUAAAGGGAUCAGAUACAUUUUCGAAUCAUUUAAGAUGUAUUUUGAUGUUGAAUAGGUGGAAAGCAACAGAUAACAAAUGUUAAGUAUUGAUCUCAAUGUAGGUAAAGUUGCAUAUCCUAAAAUACAUCUGGGUCAUUCUCUUGCAGUGCAGCCAGUUAAGGAUCUGGUAUUGUCACUGAAACAGCUUGGGUCAGUGCUGUGGCACGGGUUCAAUCCCUGGCCCGGAAACUUCCACAUGACAUGGGUGCAGCCAAAAAUAAGAAAUAAAGUACGUUUGAGUAGUCCCAAUUAGCUGGCAAUAUUUUUUCUGUCCUUUUUGUUAAAUCUCUCCUCUUGAUGAAGUUAAGAUAUACAAUAGCAGUUACCACUUAGCAUGAACUCGAACAGGUAAUGUGCUCUGUACUCUUAUUCUUUAAUCUUCAUGGAGAAGUAGGUCUUUAUUUUCCUAAUGAUAAAACUGCCUCAGAGAUGUUAAGUUCAAGGUCAUUCAGCCAUUAGAACUAGAACUGGAUGCCAAACACACAUUAGGUCAAUACUAAAGCCCACAACCCAUGUAUUUUUACCAUUCUUGAGAUGUAAAAUAGUGAAGUUUAAAAGCUGAAGGGCACAACUUUUUUCAGGACUAUGUAUAACUACAUAAAUUUUAGGUACAAAUUAGGUUAAAAAAAAGUAUAAAUACUACAAAAAUUCCAACUACAAAUUAAAUGAAAUAACUGAAGUAGAUAUUAGAUGCUGGUCACUGGGUGUCUCUACAGGAGGGACACAUAACCACUUUGGAGAUCAGUUUCCCCAAAGGAGGGACCAUGUGAGGAGUGACAGGAAGGUUGGGUGGGAGGCGGGGUUUGGGAAGGGGGUGCCAAUGUGGGGAGGUCCUGGAUGAGGGAGCGUAGGAAUAAAGGCUAAGAGGCAGUACCCAUAGCCUGUAUCAAGACUCAGUAAAAGAAGAUCAUGUAAUAGCCAGAGCUCUUAGGAAGGAAUAAAAAAGUGACCACCUCUCCCGUUCAAGUGAAACUUUUGGAUUAAGAUCAAAGAAUUUGUGGAUUUUUUUUCUGGGGGGGUGGACACACCCAUGGCAUAUGGAAGUUCCCAGGCUAGGGGUUGAAUCAGAGCUGCAUCUAUACCACAGCUCAUGGCAAUGCCAGAUCAUUAACCCUCUGAGCAAGGCCAGGGGUCGAACCCUUGUCCUCAUGGAUGCUAGUCAGGUUUGUGACCCACUGAGCCACAAUGGGAACUCUCAAGAUCAAAGACUUUCGAGUUUAGAAUUCCUACUGUGGCACAAUUGUGUUAGGCCAUCUCUGCAGCACCAGGACGCAGGUUUGAUCCCAGCCCGACACUGGGUUAAGGGAUUGCACAGGUUGCAGUUGUGGCUCAGAUCUGAUACCUGGCCCAUGAACUCCAUAUACCAUGGGGCAGCCAAAAAAAAAAAAAAAAAAAGACUUUGGGCUUUAUAUUUUGUCUGCUUCACCAAAUCCUAGGUGUCCUUGGAUUUGUUUUUGCUCAUAUAAAUAGGGUUUCUCUGAAGGCUUUGUCCUGAUCGAUUGCCUUGUCCAGAAAGGCCACAGAGUUGUAAACAUACAGACAAUUAUUCAAAACAAAACAUUAUCCUACUGUUUGGAGGGCUAAUAAGCCACAUACCCUCCAGAAAUGGGAGGGAUGGAGGAGGUGAAUUGGAAAGAGGGGAAAGACGUGGGAGUGACUUUGAAAAUACCUUAAGAUACCUCACUGCCUUUCUCCAUGAAUGAACAUGUGCUUUUUGGGUAUAAACUGCAAAGUUGUAUCUAAAGAAUUAGGACCACUUCAACUGAGAACCAUGGUGGUAAACGGAAUAUGAUGCAACUUAAAGAUGGAUAUAAAUUUUUACAUCGAUCUGUAUAUGCCAGUUAAAAGAGUUCAAAAACAAAAAAGAAGAGUAUUUGACACAUUAUUAAAUAUGUAGCUCAUUCUGUAGUAUAAGCUGAAUAAAGGAAUUUCAAAGUUUA